UAUUAUCAUCACAUCAAUUAAAGAUGGAAGAUCGAUAUUUUUGUGGCAAUGAUGAUGGAUCAUCAGUAACAACAACAACAAUAUUGGAUUUAAAUCAACUAUGGAAUUCUACUGUGCCAGAAUUUUCAAAAUGUUCAUUAAAAACAUUACCAUUUUGGAUACCAUCAUUUUUUCUUUGGAUAUUUGCACCGGUUGAAGUUUAUUUUCUAUUGAAAAAACGUUUUGCAUCAAGUAAUCGUUAUUAUAGUGGCAAUAGACAACCAAUUACAAUACCAUACAAUUUUUAUAAUGUAUCAAGAUUAUUCUGUGUGAUUCUAUUGAUCAUUGCUAAUGUUGCACAGCUAUUUCAUGAUCUCUGUUAUUAUAAUCCAUUUUUGGAUCUAAUCAACAAACAAAUCGAAAUUGAUACAGAUGUAAAACUAGCUACAUCUGCUGAUAUUUCAGCUUCAUUAUUGAAUAUCAUCACCUUUAGUUUCUUUGCCUGUUUUACACAGCUUCAUCGCCGUCAUGGAAAACAUACUAGUGGUGUUGCAUGGAUAUUCAUGAUUAUAUCGAUUCUAUCAUUUUUACCAAUAAUUUAUACAUUCAUUUUAUUUGGUUUUAGCAAUGAAAAUGUCUACCUCCAAAUUGGCCUAGUCAAUCAAAAUAAUCGAACCAUAUUGUCGGCUAUAUUUCUAAUACAUACAAUCAUGUUGAUCAUAAUAUUUCUACAGACUUGUUUUGCUGAUCAAAAACCAACAACAUUGCUUUUGCAAACACAAACAUCAAUCAAUGAUGAUGAUUAUACAUUGAAUAAUAGUGUAAAUAGUAUGCAACGAUCAAAAAUAUUGAAUAAUGUUGAUUCAUUUGAAAUGAAUUCACCAUAUGAACCGAAUGGUACGAUUAUUGAGGAAACAAUUUCAUCAUCGGCAAGUUGUGAUCAAAGUUUACUUGGAACCGCAAAAAAAUCCCAUCAACCAAUUGAAUGUCCACAAUUACGAUCAUCAUUUUUAUCGCAGAUAACAUUCUGGUGGUUCAAUACGAUGGCCAUCACUGGUUUUCGUCGUUCAUUAACAAUGGAUGAUCUUUGGCAAUUGCGUCCAAAAGAUCAAACAAAUAAUGUAGCACCAAAAUUUGAUCGUCAUUGGCGAUCACAAUCCCAUCAAUCACAGACACAGUUGAUGAAAAAACAAUAUCAACAGCAGCAGCAGCAGCAACAGCAACAACAACAAUCAUCAUCAUCAAUACCUGAUACACCGAUAGUUGUGACAGCUACAGCCACCGAUGUUAUAAAACCAAAAACUGCCAAUAUUGUAUGGGCGAUUUGUAAAACAUUUGGUUGGUUAUUCAUAUCUGGUGCCAUGUUCAAAUUGGGUCAUGAUCUAUUGCAAUUUGUUGCACCACAAUUAUUGAAAUUAUUCAUUGCAUUCGUUAAGAAACCAUCCACUGAAGAACCUAUAUGGCAUGGUUAUUUUAUAGCUGUCUUAUUUUUUCUUACAGCUACCGUACAAUCAUUUAUGUUAAAUUAUUAUUUCUACAUUAUGUUUUUAAUUGGUAUGCGAUUACGAACAUCAUUAAUAUCAGCUAUCUAUCGUAAAGCAUUAACAUUAAGUAAUGCAUCACGUAAACAAACUACUACCGGUGAAAUAGUUAAUCUAAUGUCAGUGGAUGCCCAACGAUUUGUUGAUGUUUUACCAUUUUUAAAUCUUAUCUGGUCAUCACCAUUACAAAUUGCAUUGACUGUUUAUUUCUUAUGGAUGGAAUUAGGACCAUCAGUAUUGGCCGGUCUUGGUGUUAUGGUACUAAUGAUACCGAUUAAUGGAUUCAUAUCUAGCUAUCAACGACGUUUACAAAUGAAACAAAUGAAAAAGAAAGAUGAACGUGUUAAAGUUAUUAAUGAAUUACUAAAUGGUAUUCGUGUUAUCAAAUUAUAUGCAUGGGAAGUGCCUUUCAUUCGUAAAGUCAGUACAAUUCGUAAUAGUGAAAUUGAUUAUCUAAAAAAGAUUGGUUAUCUACAUUCUGUUACAUCAUUUUUAUGGACUUGUGCACCAUUCAUGGUAUCAUUUGUUACAUUCACUAUCUAUGUAUUGAGUUCCAAAGAUAAUAUUCUUGAUCCACAAAAAGCUUUUGUAUCAUUAUCAUUAUUUAAUCUGUUACGAUUUCCAUUAUCAAUGUUACCGAUGUUAAUAUCAAUGUUGGUCUCGUGUUCAGUAUCGAUAACACGUUUAAAUCGUUUUCUUCAUGCACCACAAUUGGAAAAUUAUGUUAAACGUAAUGAAGAACUAAUGGAUAAUCUAGAUAUACGUAUUGAAAAUGGAACGUUCUGUUGGGAAAAUGAAAAAACCGAUGAUAAUGAUGAUGAAAAAAAGAACAAGAAAAAGAAAAAUAAAUCCAAUGAUGAUGAAGAUGAUGAUGAACAAACCAAAACAAAUGGUGAUGCAAAUCAAGAACCAUUGUUGUCAAUGAAUGAUGAAAAUAUCCCGAAACAAACAACAUUAACCUUAAAAUCAAUAAAUAUGGAAAUACAAAAAGGUUCAUUAGUAGCUAUUGUUGGUAAUGUUGGAUCGGGUAAAAGUUCAUUGAUUUCGGCAAUUCUUGGUGAAAUGAAUUGUAUCAAUGGCCGUGUUCAGAUUAAUCAUAAUUCAUCAGUUGCCUAUGUUACACAACAAGCAUGGAUCCAGAAUGCAACACUAAGAGAUAAUAUAUUGUUUGGUAAACCAUUUGUUGAAAGCCGUUAUAAUUCCAUUGUAGAUAUGUGUGCUUUGAAACCAGAUAUCAGUAUAUUACCCGGUGGUGACCAGACUGAAAUUGGUGAAAAAGGAAUAAAUUUAUCCGGUGGUCAAAAACAACGUGUUGCAAUAGCUCGAGCUUGUUAUGCACAUUCUGAUAUAAUUUUAAUGGAUGAUCCAUUAUCAGCUGUUGAUUCACAUGUUGCAAAACAUAUAUUCGCCCGUGUUAUAUCGAAUCGUACUGGUUAUCUAAAAAAUCGUACCCGCAUCCUGGUGACAAAUAAUAUUUCAUUACUACCUGAUUUUGAUCAGAUUAUUGUGUUGAAUCAUGGUGCAAUCAGCGAAAUAGGUACCUAUUCACAAUUGAUGGCAAGUUCUGGAAAAUUUUCCGAAUUUGUACGUGAAUUCGCAUCGAAUGAAAAACAAGAAAGUGCCGAUUCUGAUUCUACCGCAGGAGAAUUACAUCGUACAUCAAGUUUAAGUAAAGAUGAACCGAUUACACCGGCUAAAAAAUCUGACAAUAAUAAACUUAUUGAAUCGGAAAGAACCGAAACAGGAGAAGUGAAAUUAUCCGUUUAUAUCACUUACUUUCGUUCAUUAACAUGUUUAUGGGUAACGAUAAUAUUAGUUGGUUUUAUCGGUAUGCAAGCGGCAUCAGUAUUUUCAAAUGUAUGGCUAGCUAUAUGGUCAAAUGAUCAGAUAUCGGCAAAUAUUACCGAUGCAGAAAUUCAAUUACGAAAUCGUCGUCUUACCGUUUAUGGUGGUUUUGGAUUCAUACAAGCAUCAUGUGUAUUGAUUGGUGCCAUAGCUUUCGCAAAUGGUGUUGUACAAAGUUCACGAACCUUGCAUCGAUUAUUAAUGGAACGUAUAAUGCGUUCACCGAUACAAUUUUUCGAUACAACACCAUUAGGACGUAUUGUGAAUCGUUUUAGUAAAGAUAUUGAUACCAUUGAUUCAACCAUACCACAUACAAUGAGAGGAUGGCUUAGUUGCUUUCUUCAAGUGUUAUCUACAUUUAUAUUGAUCAUCAUUGAAAUCAAUAUAUUUCUAUUGGUUGCUAUUCCAUUAUUUCUAUUCUAUUAUCUUAUUCAAAAAUUUUACGUGGCUACAUCAAGACAAUUAAAACGUUUGGAAUCUGUAACACGUUCACCAAUUUAUUCACAUUUUGGUGAAACACUUUCAGGUGUUUCAACGAUUCGUGCAUAUGGUUGUUCGAAACGAUUCAUACAAGAAUCAAAUGAACGUGUCGAUACGAAUCAACGUUGUUAUUUUCCAUCAUUCAUUGCUAAUCGAUGGUUAGCUGUACGUUUAGAAUUUUGUGGUAAUAUGAUUACAUUUUUUGCCGCUGCAUUUUCCGUCCUUUCUCGUGAUACCUUUCAAUCUCAACCUGGGUUUGCAGGUCUAAUCAUGACCUAUGCAAUGAGUAUUACACAAACAUUGAAUUGGUUAAUUCGUAUGACAUCGGAAAUGGAAACAAAUGUUGUAUCGGUGGAAAGAAUCGAUGAAUAUUGUCAGAUACCAACGGAACGUGAAUGGACACGACAAUCGAAUGUUGGUCCAGCAAUACCAGCAAAAUGGCCCGAAGAUGGUGAAAUUAAUUUUGAUGAAUUUUGUAUACGAUAUCGUGAUGGUCUUAAAUUGGUACUGAAUAAUAUCACUAUCAAAGUGGAAAGUGGUGAAAAGAUUGGAAUCGUUGGACGUACCGGUGCUGGUAAAUCAACAUUAACAUUGGCUUUGUUUCGGUUACUUGAAUGUUCAAGUGGCAAGAUUGUCAUCGAUAAUAUCGAUAUCAGUCUUAUUGGUUUACAUGAACUUCGUUCAAAACUUUCAAUUAUUCCACAGGAUCCUGUUUUAUUCUCUGGAACAAUACGAUCAAAUCUAGAUCCAUUCAAUAUACAAAGUGAUGAACAACUAUGGCGUGCAUUAGAACAUUCACAUCUGAAACAAUAUGUUUCAGGUUUAGAAUCUGGAUUAGAUUAUACGGUUGCUGAAAAUGGUGAAAAUUUAUCUGUAGGACAAAGGCAACUAAUUUGUUUGGCACGAGCAUUAUUACGUAAAACAAAGAUAUUGAUAUUGGAUGAAGCAACAGCUGCUAUCGAUUUGGAAACCGAUUCCCUUAUACAGCAAACAAUUCGUAAAGAAUUUGCUGAUUGUACUAUAUUAACAAUCGCACAUCGUUUAAAUACAAUUAUCGAUUCAAAUCGUGUAUUAGUAUUGGAUAAAGGUCGUGUUGUUGAAUAUGAUUCACCGCAAAAAUUAUUGGCUAAUCGACAAUCACGUUUCUAUGCAUUGGCCAAAGAUGCCCGGUUGGUUUGAGUAAUUGAAUAAUAAUCCAUUCAUCUAAUCAUUUUAAAAAUU